CAACUCGAAUGACGGCUGGCCUCCCUCUUGUACAAAUAGCAAAACUGUCAUUCAAAGGUAUCCAGAAGUCUCCUCGAUUGUCCACGAUAAUUGCCUCUGUAGAAACCUUCACGGGGAUCAAUUUUCCUGCGAUUUUUUUCUUCCUCUCCUAUCUGGGUGAGAAUGGUAACCGUGAAGGCAACUCAUACGAUACUACCAGCCGAGCCAACGCCAAAUGAGAUCAUGUAUAUAUCAGAAGUUGAUCAAAUUAAGGCCGUGACCCACGCUCCCACUGUCUACUUUUUUCGUCCUAGCACUGAUUUGAUCUUUCCAGAUGCAAUCCGUAUUUUAAAAGAUUCAUUGAGCAAAGUACUCGUUCUCUUCUAUCCACUGGCAGGGCGCCUUCACGAGAUUGGUGGUGGCCGUCUUGAACUUCACUGCAAUUCUAAGGGAGCAAUUCUUGUCGAAGCUGAGUCUGAAUCAAAAAUUGAUGCUUUUGAGCUUCAGGAUUUUCUUCCAAACGCAGAAACGCGAGAGCUUAUGCCGAAAUUGGAUUAUAGAGCUACCCCAAUUCACGAGCAGCCAUUGGUUUUGGCGCAACUAACUAAAUUCAGUUGUGGCGGAAUUUCUCUAGGCUUGGGGAUUUCACACAUUUUAGUAGAUGGCCCAGCUGCACUUCAUUUUGUCAGGGAGUGGGCUAGAUUUGCACGCUGUGAGAAGAUUGGCAACGUCCCAUUUCUGGAUAGGAGAAUUUUGCAGCUUGCAGAAACAACAACCAGUUCGAAAUUUGAUCACACGGUCCUGUUGACACAGCCGCCACUCCUGGUAGGCCAAUCGGACAAUAUGCAGGAGCGGAAGAAGCCUACAACGGUGGCCAUGCUGAAUCUAAGCAAAGAACAAAUCGAUAAAUUGAAGAGCAAGGCCAAUGAAGAUACAAAUUUCAUACAGAUACGAGGCUGUGGCUGGGCAUAUGUGGAGGUGCGCAUCCAAAGCGCGGGGUCAUGUAAACAAUCAACUGACGAGAUUAAACAUACCUGUCGACUUUAGAAAUAGAAUGCAGCCACCAUUACCACAAGAUUA